AUGAUAAGACGAAUGGUGCGCUGGCUGGACGAGCCCCAGUCGGCAGACUCUCAGAAUGAGGGAUACGGCCUCAUUGCGGCCUUUGGCCUUGUAUUCAUAGGAUUGGCUCUCUGCAAUUCGCGAUAUCAGCAUCUGUCAUACCGAUUGGUCGUGAUGAUUCGCACCCGCAUGAUCUCCGUCAUUUACCAAAAGACUUUUACCAUGGAUCUCCUGCAAGGUGAGAGUCGGGCUCCAAUAACUCUUAUGAGUACAGACGUGGAGCGCAUAUCUCAUGGGCUCGGCUUUCUCCACGACGUCUGGGGUUCCAUCCUUGAAGUUGCAAUUGCAAUAUGGCUUCUCUGGCGGGAGCUCCGCGUCUACGCAGCCGCCACGCUCAUCAUCGCGUCAACCUGCGUCGUCACCGCGUUGACGGUGGGCAAGCUCACCGGUCGCCGCCAGCAGGCCUGGAUCGAGGCUGUGCAGAGGCGUAUCGCCGUCACCUCAAGCGCCCUCCCCCACAUCAAGGACAUCAAGUCGGCCGGGAUGAUAGACACCAUAACGUCCGUGCUGGAAAAGUUCCGCCUGGACGAGGUGGAAGCGUCCAAGAGGUGGCGGCGGCUGACGGUGCUCAUGGUAGCUGUUGGGUUCUACAACAGCGCGCUGGCCCCCGUCAUCUCCUUCACGUCCUACGUCCUGACCUCUCCCGAGGCAGACGGAGUGCUCACCCUGGAUAGGGCAAUGACGGUACUCACCAUCUUCGCGCUCUUUGGUGCUCCGCUCAACAUGCUCUCAGAGUCGGCGAGUGGCCUCUUUAGCGGGAUCGCUUGUAUCGAGCGCAUCCGCCGAUUCCUUGUUUCGCCAGAUCAUCCUCAGAGAAAAGGAAUACUCGUCGAUGACGAAAUCCUGGCAAUAGAGGGAAAGGGGGAGCUGACCUCGGAGAAGUUUACGGCGGCGAUAGCACUGACAGACGCCACCUUUGGCUGGAGUACAGAGAGCGAUUCUGGCCCAAGUGAAUUAACUCUGUCGAUCGAGAAGGCGACGGUGACUGUCCUGGCUGGCCCCGUGGGCUGCGGCAAGUCAACGCUGCUGCACGGUCUGCUGUCUGAGAACUACCUCUUGAAGGGCGAUGUGGUCGUCAACCCAUCCAGAAUCGCCUACUGCAGCCAGACCCCUUGGGUCACAAACAGUACGCUCCGUGAGAACAUCAUUGGCUGCACUCACUUCGACGAGUUUCGUUACCAGGAGGUGAUAAGAUGCUGCGGCCUCGUCCAGGACAUUGCUGUCUUGGCGAAUGGGGAUCAGACAAAGCUUGGCAGCGGCGGAGCAGCCAUCAGUGGCGGCCAAAAGCAGCGAGUGUCACUUGCCCGGGCGGCCUAUUCGUCGGCCGAGAUACUCCUGCUCGACGACGUGCUCAGCGGGCUGGACUCGAUCACGGCCCAGCACGUUGUGCACCAUCUACUCGGCCCAGAUGGCUUGCUGCGCCGGCAAAGAAGAACAGUAGUGCUUGCCAGCUCCUCUCGAACCGGCCUCGGUGUUGCAGACAAAGUCAUAUGGCUGGAUCGGACUGGUCGUAUUUCCAACCAGGAUACGGUGGUCGACUUGCCGAUACAAUCCAGCUCUUCGGUAGCUCCUGAUCCUCCUGGUAAAAGUGGGGAGGAAACGACCAACGCUGAAGCUUCUUCUGCAGAUGAGCGUCCGCCGACACGGCUGGAACAGGAUCUGAAGCAGCGAAAGGGUGACUGGCGAGUGCUCCAGUAUUACAUCCUGCGCAUGGGAACCACGGGAAUGGUUCUCUAUGGUUUUUUGAUGGUGAUCUUCACCUUCUUCUACGGUUUUGCUCCUGUCUGGGUUGAGUUAUGGGCCCAGUCCUCGGGCAAGAGGCUGAACAUGUAUGUUGGAAUCUACUACAUGGUCGCCGCGUCCCAGAUCCUAUUCAUCGGAGUUGCUGCUGGGUAUCUUCUCCUGGUACUUCUACCUCAUGCUUCUGUAAAUUUUCAUAACAUUAUCUUAAAGGCUACAACACAUGCACCACUCAGCUUUCUCACAAGUGUCGAUGUUGGGAUCACAACAAACAGAUUCAGCCAAGAUCUUCAACUGAUAGACACUGAGCUCCCAAUCUCUCUGUUCAACACAACGCUGGCACUGGGUUACUGUAUCCUGCUUCUUGUUAUUAUAUGCAUCUCCGGCAGAUACAUUGCGGCGACCCUGCCAUUCUUCCUAGGCAUUAUGUUUUACGUGCAGCGAUCCUAUCUGCACUCCUCCCGCCAAAUCCGCCUCCUUGAUCUUGCGGCCAAGGCGCCCCUCUUCUCUCAUUUUUCGGAUACAUUGGAUGGUCUCGUCACUCUGAGGGCGCUCGGGUGGCAGACAUCAUACGAGGAGCGCCUUCAAGAUCUGCUUACUACUUCGCAGAGACCCUUUUACGCGCUCUACUGCGUCCAAAGAUGGCUCAAUCUCGUCAUCGACCUGAUCAUCGCUGCAGUGGCCAUUAUCUUCUCCGGUAUUGCAGUGGCGCUGCACGGCUCGCUCAGUACAGGCCUUGUAGGGCUCGCACUGAUCAAUAUCAUCACUUUCAAUGGCAAUAUAAGGGUUUUGGUGGUUCAGUACACCAACCUGGAGACGUCUAUCGCCGCUGUAGCUAGGAUACGAGCAUACCAGAAAGUCACUCCUUCAGAAGUCCGCCCUGGGGAAGAACAAGAAGUACCCCAUGACUGGCCGCGUCAAGGAAGGCUGGAGAUUAUCCAGGCGUCGGCAUCGUAUCUCGAUCUGGACUAUCUUGUCCUCAAGAACGUGUCUCUUACUAUUCCGGCGGGAAGUAAAGUCGGCAUAUGCGGGCGGAGUGGCAGCGGCAAAUCGUCGCUUUUCGCCGUCCUCCUCCGCAUGCUCAACUUACAAGGUGGAUCGGUGCUCAUAGAUGGCAUAGAUACUGCGGACGUGCCUCGGAAAAAAGUGCGGGAGCGGCUCAACGCCCUUCCCCAGCAACCUUACUUCAUCCCCAACACCUCUGCGAGGACAUGCAUCGACCCAUUCUCCCAGCUGGAAGAUGGGGAGGUGGUGGGUAUAUUGAAGGAGGUCCAGCUGUGGGACCAUCUUGGUGGUACUAAUGCUGCGCUGGAUCUCGUUGUCAGCGACAGCCUCCUCUCACACGGUCAACGGCAGCUUCUUUCUUUAGGGCGCGCCAUGGCCCGUCGCGCGUCGACGGGCAAAAUUCUGCUGCUGGACGAGGCGACGAGCCAGCUGGACCCUGACACCGAAGAUAUUGUGCGCCAGGUGAUCCGUCGGUGCUUCUUGGACCACACGGUCAUUGCUAUAGCUCAUCGUCUAGACACUAUAGUAGAUUACGACCUCGUAGCAGUACUUGAUCAAGGCAAUGUGAUUGAGGUUGGCGCCCCAAGCGACCUGUUGGUACGGCCGUCCUCCGCCUUUAGGCAGCUCUACGAUAGCCAGAAAGGAGGUAGCUGA